AGCCACUGUGGCUCAGGCAGGGCAAAUCCGAGCACGGCAGCUCGGGUUGGGCUUGUCGAUGCGAUGGCCCGGAUAGCUCAAGUGCUCUCCGCAUUGGUGCUCCUUGCUACCGUGGUGCUGCUCAGCCCAACGGCCAGGUCGAAGCUGGGGACCUCUCGAGAUCCCCUCGUGCCCUCGAGCGACACUGCAGCAGCGAGGAUGCGCGACGUGGAGACCGGGCACCACCACCACUCCCAGACCCCUCUGCCUGAGCUGAGUCCACCCCCUGUGGCGUCGGGGCGUCUGCAGGAGGCCCCUCGGUCCGCUCCGGCGCCCCGCUUGCAGGGCGCGGGCGCUACAGGCCCAACUGAGCGGAGGGGUCACGGCCCGCGGGGGACGGGCAGCGCCCAGAGCGGGAGGGCCACUGUGGCCAGCACGGAGGGGACCAGAGCGGACAACAUCACGACCAGUAGUCUGACCAUGACCAGUGCUACCGUAACCCUGACGAGCACCACCGGGACCAGCACGACCACCAUGACGACUUUCAGUGUGACCAGUACCACCACGGCGAGCCGCACUACACUCACCAGCGUUACCGCGACCAGCACAAUCUCACUGACCACCGACGCAGGUACUGAUUCCAAGACAAGCAAAACCGCCACCCUGACAAGCACCACCGAGACCAGCACGACCACCAUGACGACUUUCAGUGUGACCAGUACCACCACUGCGAGCCGCACUACACUCACCAGCGUUACCGCGACCAGCACAAUCUCAAUGACCACCGACGCAAGUACUGAUUCCAAGACAAGCACAACCGCCACCCUGACAAGCAUCACCGGGACCAGCACAACCACACUGACGACUGUUACUAUGACCAGUACCAGCACUACCACUGACACAACCGCCUCAUCCACGACAAGCACCAUGACCAGUACCAUCACCCUGACAACACGCACCACCGCGACUGGCACAGCCGCCAUCACUAGCACAUCAACCCUGACAAGCAUUAGCAUGACCAGCACAGCCACCAUGACCACUUUUAGCAUGACCAGUGCUUCCAUGACCAGUACAAGCACUGUAAGCAAAACCACGGUCACCGUGACCAGUGUCACUACGAGCGAUACCACGACCACUAUAAGCAGUACAUCUGUUACCACAACCACGAUGAGCAGUACAAGCACUGUAAGCAAUACCACGGUCACCGUGACCAGUGUCACGAGUACUACGAGCGAUACCACGACCACAAUGAGCAGCACAACCGUGUCAACAACCACUGUGAGCAGUACAACGGUAAGCUCUACCACUAUGACCAGUACCAGCACCACCACGCCCCUGUACGUUGUAUUGAGCUCCAUGCAAUUUGGCAGCACUGGCACGCAGGACGCGGUUGCAAAUGCGGCGACGCUUCAUUUGAUGGAGUAUUUCGGCGUAGUUGAGGAGCAGGUACUUGUCAAUGUCGCCGAACUUGCUUCCGGAUCCUUGGGCCGGACAGUCUUCGGCUCGUGGGAUGUCGCUUUUGAGAUCACGGCCCCCAUAGCUGAUGCGACGCAGGUCUUAGAGAUGACAGCUGCUAUUGCAAAUGCUACUGCAAAUUUUACAGACCGUCUGCAAGCAAGCUUUGGAUCGCAAGGCCUGAAUGUAACGACAUCUUCGUUCUACAUUGCAGAGCCUGAAAUCAAGAUAGUUACUGCAACCAGGACAACCGUGAGUGUCACCAUGACGAGCACAACGGCGACCACCACCACCGUCACGAGCAUUAGCAGUGCGACCAGCACCAGUGCGACCAGCUCCAGUACUGGGACCACCAUUACAAAGAGCACCACCACCUCGGGGACCAGCACUUCGACCAGAACCACUGGAACAAUCAGCAUCAGUGCGUCCAGUACCAGUACCAGGACCACCACCACCAUCACUGAGAGCAGCAUCACCACCGGGACCAGCACUGCGACUGGAACCUCUCCGACGAGUUCCAUAACGUCCCAAACUGGCGUGACCAGCACCACUAGCUUGACCACUGCCACCAGCAGCAUCAGUGCGUCCAGUAUCAGUGCCAGUGCCACCACCAUCACUGAGAGCAGCAUCACCACCGGGACCAGCACUGCGACUGGAACCUCUCCGACGAGUACCAUAACGUCCCAAACUGGCGUGACCAGCACCACUAGCUUGACCACUGCCACCAGCAGCAUCAGUGCGUCCAGUAUCAGUGCCAGUGCCACCACCAUCACUGAGAGCAGCAUCACCACCGGGACCAGCACUGCGACUGGAACCUCUCCGACGAGUACCAUAACGUCCCAAACUGGCGUGACCAGCAUCACUAGCUUGACCACUGCCACCAGCAGCAUCAGUGCGUCCAGUAUCAGUGCCAGUGCCACCACCAUCACUGAGAGCAGCAUCACCACCGGGACCAGCACUGCGACUGGAACCUCUCCGACGAGUACCAUAACGUCCCAAACUGGCGUGACCAGCAUCACUAGCUUGACCACUGCCACCAGCAGCAUCAGCACCAGUGAGACAAGUACAAGUACCAUCGAGUAUUCUGGGACCGGAACUAUCAAUAUGACCGGGACCAUUCCGACGAGUGCUACCAUGACUGGCUCCACUACCAGUACGGCCUCAUUCGUGACCAUGUCCAGCACUGCCGUUUUGACUAGUACGAUUACUGUUGACACUACUUUCGCUGCAACGACGACCCAGACGAGCACCACUACGCCGCUUUAUGUGAUGAGCAGCUCUAUCACCUUCAAUGCUGCAGGCACGCAGGAGCAGGUUGCAAGUGUGGUAACUGCUGUUCUGCUUGACCAGUACAGCUUGGAAGAGGACCAACUGACUGUAGAUGUCACGCUGUCUCGUCGUCUCGUGACCCGUCAGCUUUCAAGCUCAGAUCCGACUGCAUGGCAGGUCGAUUUUGAGAUCACGGCAAAUAAGGAUGUCGUCAAUGAUGCAGUUGACAUUGCUGCCAGUCAGGCGAGUGGCACUGGCGAUGCACUUUCCUCUUUUACGUCUGCACUUGACGCGGCCUUCGAAGCAGUCGGUGUAACGCUGGAUGUUUCAUCAGUUGUGAUAUCUCAGCCAGUGGUAAAUAUCGUGAUCCCUGCCACGACAACCGGACCCCAUACAUCCACGACGCUGGCAGUGGUGACCCCGCUGGCACUGGAGGAGGAGACGGAGGCGUCCUCGACUAUUAUCGUAAUCGUCAUAAUUUCUGCUGUUGUUGUUUUGGUGAUGCUGGCGGUGCUCUUAUUCUAUUUCAUGCGCUGCUAUGGGGGCGCGCUUGGUGUGGGGGAUCCGCCUGCAAACGAAGACAACAAUGUUGAAGCUGCCGAGUCCAACAAUGUCGGUGAGGGACGGUACUCUCCUGAGCCUGUGGCGGUGAUCUAGCGCGUCUCCGAGGUCGCGGCCUGGCCGAUGGAUUCACGAGGCUACUCGGCUCACACAAGCAUGUACAAUUAUGCAAAGUGCAGCUCGGCUCAGAGAGGCCUCAAGCUGUGUGCUGCCCCAUGAUGCCUUUCCUUGCGCAGGCUCGAGAGCAGGUUAUUCCCUCUCCUUUUUAAGUUUUUUCGUGCCCAGCGUCUCCAGACGCUACUGUUGGCCUUCCGAGCGCAACGACGUCUCGACUUACGAGAGGACACGGGGAACUUGCCAUCCUGCCUGCAUGUCAAGCUCGGCGGUCUGUGCGGCAUUCUCGAUUGAAACUGAAACAAUGUUAGUGCCCGGGAGGUUUCCAGCCUGGCUUGUAAAUACUGGCAACCGGAGGGGGAUGCUCUUCAGAUCCCACAGUCUCUUCAUCAGGCAUACUUGAAGCAGUCUUUGCGCGCCCCUCUGCGUGCUCAAGGCGGUGGCGGACCGCAGCUUAUGGAAUAGCUGCCCGCUUCAUCGAGGUUGUAAGCGACACGCCCUCCAAUAUAUUAUAAUUAGCGCCUGGAUUCUCCCCGAAAGUUUUUCCGGGUUAGUUUUACGCUUCUCAGGCGACUCUAUUUAGGUGCCGGUGUCCGUGGCUGCUGCCUUUUCGGAAAAAGUAUCCCUAGAGAUAGCUUUUUCACCGCCUGGCGAUGACAGGCGUGAUGGGGG